AUGUCUCAAGUACAGCUGUCUGAAGUACAGCAUGAAGUACAGCCAGUACGGCCAAUUCUCCUGGCCGUGUGGAACUUCUCGUCGUCGUGGUUCCUCGCCCCCCAAGGGGUGGCCAUCAUCGCAGCCAUCCUGCACCAGCUGCACUACCAAUUCGACGCCCUGUCCAUUCUCGCCAAAAUCGUCUGGAUCUACGCCAUCGUGCUCCUCGGGCUGAGUCUCGCAAUCUACAUCACCCGCAUAGUUCUCUACCCAAAGCACGUCCUACACCAAAUCCGCACCCGCGUCGUCGAAGCCUCCUGCCUAUCCAGCGUCCCCAUCGCCUUCACCUCCAUAAUCCAAAUGAUAUCCCUGCAAUACAGCGGCUCCGCCGACCUCGUCGCCUACAUCCUAUGGUGGAUCUCCACCGCCCUCUCCAUAACCAGCGUCAUCGGGGUGCCCUACCUACAACUAAAGCUCCAACCCGCCGGCCUCGAACACAUCCCCCCAGCCUUCCUGCUCCCCAUGAUCUCAAUCAUCACCUCCGCCGCAGGAGGGGGCACAAUCUGCGAAAACAGCAGUCUAAGCGCCCGCCUCCGCGUCCCCGCCAUCAUCAUCUCAUACAUGGAACUCGGCGCCGGCAUGGCACUAACCAUCUGCGUCGACGCCUGCAUCAUGUACCACCACUUCGACCAGGACUCGCCCGUCCGUGAUAAUGCAUACCAGGACAUGGUUCUCUGCGGGCCCUUCGGACAAGCCAGUUUCGCACUGCAUAUACUAGGCGAUGCGGUGUUGCACAGUUUUGGGGAAUAUAACCGCGGCACAUUGCUCACCGAGCAAGCAGCGGUGCCUAUUUCUGUGGUGAGUCAGUUUGCCGGCGUCAUGGCGUGGGGAUUCUCGACGUUUUGGUGGCUCUUUGCGAUUCUGAGUAUUGUUUAUACAUUGCAUGUGCAGAGUGGGGGGUGGAGGAAGGUGUCGUUUUCUUUGACGGCGUGGGCGCUGAUAUUUCCGUGGGGCGUGUAUACGAAUGCAGCAGUGCAGAUGGGGAAAGAGAUGGACUCGCCGGCUUUUGAUGUGUGGUCGACGGCGCUGCUGUUGAUUCUGGUGGUGAUGUGGAUUGUGGUCAAUAUAUUCACCAUCAAGGGGAUUAUCACGGGGAGGAUCUUUGGGUUAGAAAACGGGUGGAGGGUGCCCAAGAGCGAGCAUUCUGUAUAG